UGUAUCAUCAUCAUCAUCAUCAUCAUCAUCAUCAUCAUCAGUCUCAUCAUCAUCAUCAUCAUCAUCAUCAUCAUCAUCAUCAUUACCAACAUCAGCAUCACCAUUACCAUCAUAAUCAUCAUCAUCACCAACAUCAACAUCACCAUUACCAUCAUAAUCAUCGUCAACAUCAGCAGCAGCAGCAUCAUCAUCGUCAUCAACAUCACCAACAUCACCGUCAGCAUCAUCAAAAUAAUAUUUUUAUAUAUAAAAUUCACAAAUAAGUUAACAUCUAUAAAUUUAUUAUUUCCUGCUAAUAUUGUUACCUUGCCAUACUGCUAAAA